UCCCGGAUCCUCUUCUCUUCGGCCCAAAUCUGGAGGAGGGGAGAAGGGGCGUAGGUGGGUGAGGGAAGCGGGCAGGAGAGAGCCGGGGUCGGGAGAAGGACGGUCCCUUUGGGGGAGGGGCACGUGUACCCGAGUGUUUACGCGCGCGCGCGCGCGCGCGCGCGCGUUUCUGGGCCGGGUGCGGGCUGCACGGUUGCAGGUUGCUUCUGUGUACCUGCGAGCGUGUGCCUGUUUGUCCCGUGGAGUCAGCGCUCAGUUCUGUGCCCGCAAGGUGUACAGCCUGGGGCCCAGGCCGGGGCCACCAUGGCGCUGCCUCCAGGGCCAGCUACCCUCCCGCACACACUUCUGCUCCUGCCGGCCCUUCUGAGCUCAGGUACACCCCUGUUCAUCCCUUGGCCAUGCAUUUGUGCGGUCAAGUCCCCCUCUGUCCCCUCCUUGCCUGCACCUUCAGUUUGGGUACCCAUUCCAGGCACCAGAGUUGGGUUCCCUUCAUCCACCUCCCCAAGGUCCAGCCGUCCCUGGUUAGAGAACCCAGGUGCUCUGUCUCUUGGCCUGCUGCCCUUCUGUAACUGGACCUCAUCCCGGCCACAGAACAGUACUAAGCCUCCACCAGCUCUCCACAGAAUCCCCUGUGUUCCAGGUUGGGGGGAGUUGGCGCCACAAAUUGAUGGUCAUACCUGGGCAGAGCGGGCACUUCGAGAGAAUGAACGCCACUCCUUCACCUGCUGGGUGGCAGGGGGGCCUGGCACCCCCCGAUUGGCCUGGUACCUGGAUGGACAGCUACAGAAGACCAGCACCUCAAGACUGCUGAGCGUGGGCAGGGAGGCCUUCUCUGGAGGCACCAGCACUUUCACUGUCACUGCCCAGCGGGCCCAGCAUGAGCUCAACUGCUCCCUGCAAGACCCAGACAGUGGCUGGUCAGCCAACGCCUCCGUCCUCCUCAAUGUGCAAUUUAAGCCGGAGAUUGCCCAGGUUGGGGCUAAGUACCAGGAAGCUCAAGGCCCGGGCCUCCUGGUCGUCCUUUUUGCCCUGGUGCGUGCGAACCCGCCUGCCAACGUGACCUGGAUCGACGAGGAUGGGCCGGUGACUGUCAACGCCUCUGACUUCCUGGUGCUGGAUGCCCAGAACUACCCCUGGCUCACCAAACACACCGUGCAACUGCAGCUCCGCAGCCUGCCACAGAACCUGUCCGUGGUGGCCACCAACGACGUGGGUGUCACCAGCGCCUCGCUUCCGGCCCCAGGGCUCCUGGCCACCCGGGUGGAAGUGCCACUGCUGGGGAUCAUUGUGGCCGGAGGGCUUGCCUUGGGCACCCUGGUGGGGUUCAGCACCUUGGUGGCCUGUCUGGUCUGCAGGAAAGCGAAGAAGACCAAAGGCCCCUCCCGGCGCCCAUCCCUGAUCUCUAGUGACUCCAACAACCUGAAACUCAACAACGUGCGCCUGCCGCGGGAGAACAUGUCCCUCCCGUCCCACCUGCAGCUCAACGACCUCACUCCGGACUCCAGAGGGAAACCAGCGGACCAGCAGAUGGCUCAGGACAACAGCCAGCCAGAGCUUCUGGAUCCGGAGCCCGGCGGCCUCCUCACCAGCCGAGGCUCCGGACGCGCAGGCUCAGCAGCCAUCGCUCACGGGCCCAGCCGCUCCGCGGCAUGUGGGAUCUUCCUGGACCGGGGCACGAACCCGCGUCCCCUGCAUCGGCAGGCGGACUCUCAACCACUGCGCCACCAGGGAAGCCCAUAAUGUGAACUCCUUGAAGUCAGAGACCAUCAGUUAAACUGACUCAGCAAAUCCUCAUGAAAUCCCUGAGCCCACAAGUGUUUCCGAUAGUGCAAGUGACAUCACAGGAUUCGGGCAGUAGAGCCGAAAAAGAAGGAAAACUCAUUACACUGGGUUUCUGAGCAUCUGAUAAUCCUAAAUAGAGGAGAUCAAAAGAGCUGCUGGAAUUUCACUUCUCAGUGACGUCCUCCUGUCCAGUGUUUUGAAGGAGGCGUUUUCCUCCUUGGCAAGGGGGCUUUUCUCACCCUUCAAGAGGGGCCCCAUGCUCUUCAUCAUCAUCAUCGUCAUCAUCAGAAUCAGUUUCAGAUGAGUCAUCAUCGUCGUCAUCGUCGUUUUCACUAAAGCCCCGCUGAGGAGUGGGCUGCGAGGUCUUCUUUUUCUCCUGAGAUAGGGCAGGAGAUAGAAAGGUCCAGGUAAGGAGAAAUUUAGUGUACCUUUACCCAGUUCUCUCCUAGUGCUCUAACCAGACCCCUCCCGCCUGACACCAAUUCACUGGAAAGAGAAGGAAGCACUCCCAAGAAGGGCCUCGAGAACCUUCUUCUGCUCCUCCUUAGCUACUGAGUCCCCACUUUCUAUAACCAUGGUCUCUUCCUCUGCUCGAGGCUUGGGUAUAAAUUUUAUCGAAUACGUAUCUUUUUUACCUAUUACUUAGGAGAUUCUGAGAACUCUGCAUAAACUUUAUCCAGUCAGCUUCAACUCUAAAACUGAGGGACUUCUGAAGAAGAAAGCAACUCUAAAUAUAAUAGUUAUUUUGGGAAGAAAUGGGGGAAGAUGAAGUAGGGAAGACACACUUUAGGGAAUCUUAAUACUCACAGAGAUCACAGGGAGGAAAUCUAGUAUUUAAUUUGCAAGACUGCCCAGGGUAAGCUGCUUGUAACUAUCAAAAGAAGAAAGUUCAUAAUCAACCCCGGGCCUGGAUUCUGACCAGCAGUUCCGGAGACUGUGGGUUUUCCCUUUCCAUUCAAUGGGUAUCUGACCUAUGCAUGGUUCCCCUCCCUUCCCCCGUAAGUUAAAUGCAAUGACUGUACAUUAUAUCUCAAGAUAAGA